UGUACCUGCUUCUCCCCCUCCUCCUCCUCCUCCUCCUCCUUCUCCUCCUCUUCCUCCUAGUAUCCUGCACUGGAACAUCCUUCGCUCAGUGUUGCAGGAGCCUUCGCGGACUUCUCUUGUUCUCCUCCCUCCUCCUUCCUGCAAGAUGCUGGCCUCCUGGUGUGUGGUGGUGGCGUGUGUCGGGGCCGCGGUGGCAGCUCCUAUAGGCGUGAACGUUCAAGUCGGUCCUGGUGGGGUCGACGUGGACGUGGGGCGACCUGGCGGCGGCAAGCUUGUGGACGUCAAUGUUGGUGGCGGCCGUGGAGUGGACGUGGGCGUGGGGGGACAUGGAGGAGGCAGGCUUGUGGACGUGGGCGUGGGGGGACAUGACGGAGGCAGGCUUGUGGACGUGGGCGUGGGGGGACAUGGAGGAGGCAGGCUUGUGGACGUGGGCGUGGGGGGACAUGGAGGGAGCAAGCUUGUGGACGUCAAUGUGGGCGGUGGCGGCGGAGUGGGCGUUGAUGCCGGGGCUCACCACCGCUCCACGUCCUUCAGCAAACCCGUGGACGUCAAUGUCGGCGCCGGGGGUGUGGGCGUUGAUGUCGGAACUCCCCACCAGCACACCCACACCUUCAGCAAGACCGUGGACGUCAAUGUGGGUGGUGGCGGAGUGGACGUUGGUGUAGGAGCUCCCCACCACACCACCUCCUUCCGUAAGCCCGUGGAGGCGGACGUGGGUGCAGGAGGCGUCAAUGUGAAUGUCGGAGGGCCGCAGGACACCCAGAGGACUGGAUUCACUAAGGUGGUGGACGUGAAUGUUGGAGGAGGCCACCCCCACCACCACAGUCACCACGUGUUCAAGACCCACACCAUUGAUCCCAACUUCCGUAACACCGAGACCUUCACCGCCCUGGACAACGCCGGCUCCAACCUCUUCAAAGGCCUCGGAAACGCCGCCACAGCUCUCGGUGACUUCCUCUCCUCCAUUCUUGGGGGUAAGAGGAGUUAGUUCGCCCUGUUGUUUCUCCUCGCUCCCAUCCCCGCCGUCCCCACCCACAGCAGGAGAUCCUCCUUCCCGCAGCGACAGGCGUGUGGGUGCUCGGCGGGAGUGAGGGAGCGUGGUGUGUCCCCCUACCCCCCACCCCCCUUCCCGCCCCCUUGUGUGUUGCGGCUCACGAGUACCAACCCUCGGCCUAGGACAGGUGGUAGUUAGUGUUUCCGUUCGUAGUGUUUGAUGGUAGUAAUAUAUUAAACCUGUUGUUGUUGUUGUGGUUGUUGCUGGUGUAAGAGAGACUUGCAAUCGAUGAGGAAGAUGAAAAAGGAUCGUAACGUUUACAAUUUGGUGGUCGUAAGUUAUACAAAACUAAUCCAACGAGAACAGAGAGAAACUUUAUAAUAUUAGGAGAGAGAAAAUUUACAGUUUGCCAAAAAAAAAUAUAUAUAUUACAGGUGCUGUGGGCAUUUUGCAUCGUUUGUCUCGUAAAUUAACAUUAUUUAUUUUUCUUCCUGCCAUUAAAAUGUCACGCCGAAAGUAGAAAAUGGCGUAGCUUUUCCUCUCUGUUGUUAGCCUGAAAACUGUAUCAUAGGAACGGUAGACAUUUCUCCUCGUUUUCUAAUCUCUUCAAUGAGCGCAAAAAUUUGUUUUUCGCUGCGCUCCUAAACGAUAAUGCGGGAGAGAGAGAGC